AUGGAUCAAUGUGAUUCUUCUAAAUUGAAAAUAGAUUACUUAAAUUUAGAGAUUUAAAAUAUAAACUAAAGGUUGUAGGAAUAAAUAAGCAUAAAUAUGUAGUAUUAAAGUUUAGUAAAUGGUCGAACUGAUAUGAAAAUGUUAUUGAGUGUAACAAGAUCAGAGUAGGAACUUUUAAAAUAAUAAAUAACAAAAUUAUUGAAUGAAAGGAAUAAAGCUGUAUCAAAGGUAAUAUGAAAUGUAAUUUAGGUUCUUAUUCUGGAAUAAAUUCUUUAAGUCACUUAAUAAGAAAACAAUUUUAUUUUAAAAGAAUCAGAGCAAAGAAUAAAAUAAUUACAAGAACAAAUGAAAUAUUAUGAAUAAUCAAGUUAAAACUUACAAGUUUAUGAAAAUGAUCCUCAAAAUUAAGGUUAUUUAAUCAAGUAUAAAUAAGUAUAAAUAAAAUACAUUGGUUAGAUAGUAAAUAUGAAUGAAGCAACAUUAAGAUUAUAGUAAGAGAUUGAGACUUAUAAAGUUUAAU